UUUAUAUACACUAAAAAGUCACUAUAUUUUUAUUAAAUAAAAAUGGUAAAAUUAUGGUUUUUUUUUAUAGAUAUUAUCCAUUUGAUAUAGUAGAGGAUCAAGAGUUUCAAAACCUUUUGAAGAUGUUGAAUGGUGGUUAUAAGCUUCCUUCAAGAAAAACCGUAUCCAACAGCAUGAUACCUCUGCUAUAUCAUCAGACACAUGAGAAAGUGCAAGCUCUCAUGACCAACUGUUUUGCGGUGUGUCUGACAACAGAUGGAUGGACGUCAAUUAAAAAUGAGAGUUUUAUGGGAGUUACUGCUCACUUUAUUGACGAAAAUGUAUCACUUCAGUCAGUAUGUCUUGGGUGUGAGAAAUUUGAUGAUAGGCAUACAUCUCAAAAUUUGGCUUUAUUUUUAAAAAAUACUAUUCAAAAGUGGAGUAUUCAGAACAAAGUAGCUGCAGUUGUAAGUGAUAAUGCUCCUAAUAUAGUAGGAGCCAUUAGAGAAUGCAAUUUUCGGCAUGUAUCUUGUUUUGCCCAUUGUGUAAAUUUAGUUGUCCAACAAGGUCUCAAAGAUAUUAAUAACAUUAAAAAAAAAGUCAAAUCCAUAGUGGAAUAUUUCAAACGAAGUUCACAUGCACAGUCUAAACUCCUGGCAAUGCAACAACAAAUGGGCUUGUCGCCAUUAAAAUUAAAACAAGACGUGGUUACAAGAUGGAACAGCACACAUGAUAUGUUUAAACGUAUAAUAGAAAUUAAAGAUGCUGUUGUUUCUACUUUAGCUAUUCUUCAAUGUGAUGUGGAACAAUUGACUGUGGCAGAAUGGCAAAUUGUUGAAUGUUCAGCAAAUAUUUUACAAAUAUUUGCAGAAGUCACAAAAGAAAUAAGCAGCGAACGAUAUGUUAGCAUGUCCAAAAUUCUUAUCUUCAUACGAGCAAUGAUUGACACAAUGGUUAGUUUUCAAAGUAAUACAGCAUUACCACAUGAAGCUUAUGAAUUGGUCAAUACAUUGUUGGGAGAAUUGCAGUCAAGAUUUUCAGGCUAUGAAGAAAAUGAAAUUGUGACACAAUCAGCUCUUCUUGAUCCGAGGUUUAAGAAGAUGGCAUUUGACGGAUAUAGCCAAAGAAAAUUGGAACUAGCAAUUGACCAGUUGAAGAAGAAAGUCUGUCAAGUGACUUUGCCUGGUACGGAUAAUCCAACUGCAUCAACCAGCUUUGUAAAUGCAUCUUCUUCUUCAUCAUCUUCAUUGAUAUGGAAAAGGUUUGAUCAACAAUAUGAAGCUAAUCAAACUUCAAUUAAUCCCACAGCAGCUGGGAUUAUCGAAUUGGAUAGGUAUUUACAGGAGCCACUUAUAAGCAGAUGUGAAGAUCCCUUAAAAUGGUGGACUGAGCAUAAAUUAAUGUAUCCACGUUUGUAUGUGAUGGUAAGAAAACGGUUAUGUGUAACAGCUACCUCAGUUCCAUGCGAGAGACUGUUCAGCAAAGCAGGCAUGGUCAUAACUGAAAAAAGAUCACGAAUACUAGCCUCCAAGUCUUCACAAGUAUUAUUUUUAAAUCAAAACCUGUAA